GGGUCAGUAUGAUAUCGGAGCCCGGUGAUUGGCUGGCACGGUGACAUGUCCCCGCCCACCUCAUGGCUUCAAGACUCGCAGGAGAAGACGCUCGUCCUUGUGUGAGGAGAUUCGUCCGCGGCGGCUGCGGUCAGGAGGACGGGACAGGAAAACCUGAGACGUCCAAAUGAGAUGAACUUUGGUUCCCUCCUGAAACUUAUGAUCCGUGACACAGCAGAGCUGCAGUUCUGUCGCAGAAGUGAUUUGUCUGUUUGGGGGUCGGUCGUCCGCCGGUGAUGACGGGGGGGCAGUGACCGGUUUAAAUACGACUCUUCAGAUGCGGUGUCCGUCACUUCCAUGGAGCACAGGCGAGAUCCACGUCGGGCUUCCAUAUUAUGACACGUGGACGGUCAUCGCGUGGAAUCGCUGAGAACACUACGUUGGCACUGUCUGAUCCAUUGUAAGCACCAUCCAGCAGCCAUGAGGUUCACCACGGUGGAUUACAUCAUCUUUGCUCUGCUGCUCAUCCUGUCCUCGGCCAUCGGACUGUAUUACGCGCUGAGCGGAGGGAAGCAGCGCACCACCCAGGAGUUUCUGCUGGCCAAUCGCAACAUGGGCUUCAUUCCGGUGUCCCUUUCCCUCCUGGCGACCUUUCAGUCGGCAGUAGCCAUUCUUGGCGUCCCGUCGGAGAUAUACCGGUUUGGGACGGAGUACUGGUUCCUCGGCUGCUCCUACAUCCUGGGGCUGCUCAUCCCAGCGUACAUCUUCAUCCCCGUCUUCUACCGGCUGCGGCUGACCAGCACCUACGAGUAUUUGGAGUUGCGGUUUAAUAAAGCCGCGCGGCUCUGCGGCACCAUCACUUUCAUAUUCCAGAUGGUUAUCUACAUGGGGGUGGUCCUGUACGCUCCAGCCCUGGCCUUUAAUGCAGUAACUGGAAUCAGCCUCUGGGGGGUGGUACUGACUAUGGGACUGGUCUGCACAUUGUACACCACACUGGGUGGGCUGAAAGCCGUUAUCUGGACCGACGUCAUUCAGACCAUGGUGAUGUUCGCAGGCCAGUUGGCGGUCAUCAUAGUCGGCACAUCAAAGGUUGGCAGCAUACAGGAGGUGUGGAACAUCACCAUGUCGCAUAAUAAGAUCUCCGGGAUAAACUUUAACCCAGACCCGUUUGAGCGCCAUUCCAUAUGGUCUCUUGGCAUCGGAGGAAUUUUCCUAAUGUUGUCCUUGUAUGGGGUGAACCAAGCACAAGUGCAGAGAUAUCUCAGCUCCCGGACGGAGAGGGAGGCCAUCUUGUCAUGUUACGCGGUGUUCCCCUGCCAGCAGCUGGUCUUGGCUCUGGGUUGUCUCACCGGACUGGUGAUGUUUGCCUAUUACCAGAAGAAUGAAAUCCAGAACCCGGAGAUGAUUGCAGUCCCAGACCAGUUGGUGCUGUAUUUUGUCAUGGACAUCCUGAAGGACUUCCCUGGUCUCCCCGGACUGUUUGUGGCCUGUCUCUUCAGUGGAGCCCUCAGCACCAUCUCCUCAGCCUUUAACUCUCUGGCCACGGUUACGAUGGAGGACCUGGUAAAGCCGUACUUCCCGAACCUCACCGAGUCCAGAGCAACGCUGCUGUCCAAGUGUCUGGCCAUGAUGUAUGGACUCCUCUGCCUGGGAAUGGCCUACGUCUCCUCGCUGAUGGGCUCCGUGCUGCAGGCUGCCCUGAGUAUCUUCGGCAUUGUCGGAGGACCCCUUCUCGGCAUCUUCUCCUUGGGAUUCUUUUUUCCCUUUACCAAUUCCAUUGGCGCAGUCACUGGUCUACUGGCCGGACUGGUCAUGGCUUUCUGGAUCGGCAUUGGCAGUUUUGUGGACAGGAUGUCGGACUCCCCCGUCCCCAUGCUGAACGUCACCAGCACCCCGGAUGUGGGGAAUGUCACCGCGACCGUCAUGACAACACUGCUAACAUCUGCUGUGGCCACCAAGAGCCUGAGCGGUCUGAAGAAGUUCCACGCCCUGUCCUACAUGUGGUACAGCGCCCACAACUCCACCACCGUGGUCAUUGUGGGCAUCGUCGUCAGCCUGCUCACCGGCCCAAUGAAGGGGAGGGACGUGGACCCCCGAACAGUGUACCUCGUCCUGCCCAAGCUGCUGUUCUUCCUGCCGGAGAGAUACAAGGAGAGGCUGAGGUUCGGGGUGCCACACAUUGCUGAGGUAGGGGACCGUCACGCCACCAGGCUCUUAAAGGAUAAACUGGACUCUCCAAACCCUAAUGUUGAGGAGAAAUCCUGCAAUGGCUUCCUGAACGGCAGCGCCAACGGAGCAGAAAAAGACGAGAUGGAAGAGCACUACGCCGGCUUCUCCCGCUGCAACGGCGGACAUUCCUACAUUGUCCAGGAGACCUCCCUGUGAUGGAAUGUGCCAGACCCAAGACAUCUGGGACCUCGGAGAAGCUGGCCGGUCUGUGCCUGAGGAGCCUCGAUGAUGAUGAUGUGUGGUCUUCCAGGAGUGUGGCAAAUGUGGAGGUCGUUCCAUCGUUCUUGGCCUCCUGUUUUCUUCUCGUGGUUCCUUCAAUGAUAUUUUCAUCCACAAUCUUUUAAGACUUUCAGGCCAUGAUGUAACGUGUAGACCUCUCAAGUUGCUCCUUCUGGUCCUGACCUUUUUCUUCCUGCCUUGUUACUUGCUAGUCGUCGAGAUUCUCGGUGGGUAAUGCCUUCAGUCCGGGGCAUUUGCGCUGCUAACUAGAUCGUGGCACCUUCUUAAAGGGGACACUUCACCAGGACAGACCUCUUAAAGGGCUUCUCCACCUCGGAUAACUUUAGUUGGUAAAAAUAAUGGGGAGUCCCUCCAAAGCCCAUGUGUUGCCUCUAUAAUGGGGUGCAGAUACUUAAAGUAAUGUGUGCCCUGGGAUGUACCAUUCCUAUUAGAAAUAAGGGGGAGCCUGCUAUGAUUGUCCCAUUUUCCAUGCCAAGGACUUGUAGGACACUGCAUUCUCUUCAGGUGGGUGCUGAUGUCCUUACAUAAAUAUAUCCUGGGCUGUUAAGGGAUAUGAGGUUGUCUUGUAGGUGCAAAUUUGUAUACGACAUGCCCUUGAUUGCGUCAGUGGGGGGGGGGGGGGGGGGUGUCGUUACAGUUGCAUCCCUGGUGUUGUGUUCCCUUUAAAGAGCUGACGUCUGAUCCCCUCGAUCGAUGGAUUCUGUGAUCUCACUGAUCAUGCUGAUCAAUAAUCUUCAUCUUGAGCUGGACUCAGGAUCUUCUCAAGUGACCUGUCUAAUGUGACUAUCUAUGGUUAUAUCUCCAGCCGCUGCCAUGAUCGUAGCAGUCCAGCCCCAGUCUAGAACCUCUGCUCUCCAUGUUUUGGUCCCAGUCCUAGUAUUGUACAUGUGAUCACUGAGGGGGAGGUUCCACCACUUACACCACCCCUUUCUAUGGCAGACCACUGAACGUAACGCUCGCGGCAUUGCGUUUCUUGUUAUAUGGUUUCUCACUAUUUUAUGAUCUCUGCUUGCGGUCAGGAAAUGGGAGCAUCCAGAUGCUGAAACCAGUCAGAGCUAACACUACAGUUGAGGGCUCGUCACCAUGGAUCAGUAGCAUUUUGGAGCUGGGACAUUGCCACAAGUCCACCACCGGCCAUGAUCCUGAUGUUCCCAUUCACUGACGGCGAGCA